AUGCUCAGGAAUAACUCUGCAGCUUAUGGCUUACCGACAGCAAGCGUGGACACAUUCCACUGCUCAAAGUGCGACAUCACCUUCACUAACCUUGAAGACUACUUUCACCACAAGAUCACCGUCGAUGAAUGCAAACUUCUGCUCACGCCCUCCGGUAAACUACAAGAUGUGGUCAUCCCAUUGCUGCUGGCGCCCCCUAGUGCAGAUACUCCAUACGGAUUCAUUACUGAGGAACAGGAAGGGCUGAGAAAUGAUGCCGAUGCUAGCCAAGCUGCUGGUAGUAAACUUUGUUCAGAAGCAAGCAACAAUGCUCAAGGAACGGAGCCUAGUGCAAGUAAUAAGUGGCUGUACUUCGAAUGCAUUCGAUGUACGACAAAGUUUCAUGAUUCAGCUGAGCUCCAGGAACAUCUUAAAGUUUGUCAGGUGGAUAAACCCACUUCUAGCAACCAGCCGACGGAUGGAGAGCAACUGAAUGAUUCCUGUAAAGAAGCAGAAGGGCUAAUCGAUCCAUGCAUUCCUGACGAACGCAGCUAUGCUUGCCAGACGUGCGGACAGACAUUUGGAAAACUACAAACGCUGAAGGCUCACAGCAAAGUGCACCUAGAUGUCUAUGAGUAUCCAUGCAUCCAUCCUGGCUGUCCAUUCCAGUUCAAGCUCAAGGGCUCACUGAAAAGACAUAUGAGAAGACACACAGGUGAACGGCCGUUUGUGUGCAAGCUGUGUGGGCGCAGUUUUAGUGAGAGCGGUGCGCUCACGCGGCACAUGAAGUCUCAGGUCGUGUGCACGGUGAAAGCAGACGGAGAGCUACCGCGCUAUGGCAAGCGCCUGCCCAUCAGGAGCGAAUAUGACACGUCUGAUGGACCCGACCACAUGUUAGUCGUGCCCAAGAGAGACGUGAAGCGGAACAUCAAGAUGGAGGUGCUGGCGACGGAGAACGUGAGCGGCGACGCGGAAGAAGAGCGACACUACCGGGAUCUUGAAGCGACUGAAGCUGACGGCGACUCGGUGGUCAGUGCGGUGUGGCCGUCGGCACCGGACCACAGCGUCUCCGCCGGAGUCCAGUCUAACUCCCAGAAUGAACAGAAUCCUGCGUCGGCGCCGGUUCUGCACUCUACGGAGGAUGGAGUCGUGGAAGUGGAAUGUCCAGAUGAGAUUGAUUAUGAAGACGCUGCUGUUGAGUCUGGUCCCGGAGUGAUACUGAUGGAAACUGUCGAACAAACUGAAGAAGAACACAAUCUAUUAAAGUGCUGGGCUUGCAAUGAAAUACAGACAGAUGAAGUGCAACUAAAGAGUCAUCUAAAGUUGCACAUAGGGAACAGAACGUGUCAUUGCGGUCAGUGCCAUUUUAUCACCACUACUCAAGACUUGUUAGCUGCACACAUGAUUGCAAGACAUGGCAGAACACUCAUCAAUGCUAAGGUUACCACCAAACUGGAGAAAUCACUGCAAGCCGGUGCAAUAGGAUCAAGAUUAGAGCAUAUAGAAGAACGCCAGGAGGACCUGGUAGCAGAAAAGGCCGCGGAACAGCUGCGGCAGCUUGAUCAUGAUUCUCCGUCGCUUUUAGAGAAGCAAGACAACAGUCUUGCCUCAAACAGUGGCUUCAAGGCAACACACAAGUGUGGGAUCUGUGGAAGGGUGUUUCGGGGGCGAAGCUACCUGCGUAUGCAUCUCAAGAGACAUUCAGGAGAGAAGCCGCAUCUCUGCGGCGUCUGUGGCAAGCGCUUCGUCGCGCGCGACAGCCUCAAGAAGCAUCUCGUCAUGCAUUCGGACGCGCGGCACUACAAGUGCGGCGAGUGCGGCAAGCUGUACAAGCGCAUCAACCACGUGCGCGAGCACCUGCGCGUGCACACCGAGUGCAGGCCGUACGACUGCACCCACUGCGGCAAGAAGUUCAAGUGCAACUCAGCGUUGAAGGUCCACCUGCGCACACACGUGGACGUGUUUCCGUACGUGUGUCCGCACUGUGGCAGACGCUUCCGCGAGAAGGCUUCGCUGGAGCGGCACACGCGCAGUCACACUGGUGAGAAGCCAUUUCCGUGCAAAUAUUGUGGACGUUGUUUUACUGAACAUGGAAGCCUCAACAGACAUUUACGUGCCAAAGUGCCAUGCUACAGUGCAGAGCAGUUGCAAACUGAAGGUGUGGAUCUGAUCGCCUGUGACCAGCAGAACAUGGAUGCUGAAGCCAUGGCAACUGUGCUGGCCGAGUUCUCAUCGAUGGUCGCUGACACACAACACUACAUCAUACAGACUGCCAAUGGGAGCGAAGUAGCAACUGCAUCAACAUCCGAAGGCAGCCAGAUGCAAGAUGAUCAAAUAUUCAUCAUAACUGACCCUGAAACAGCCACUACUGGCGAUGCCACUGCUACUGGUCAUGAAGUGAUUAUUGAUCCGUCAGAGAGCAGCAGUGACGUUGUUAUGAAUGCUGAACUAUGUUCUCCGAUGCAAACAAAUAUUGCUCAACAUGUUUUAAAGCAAACAGAAGUUGCAGAGUUCAUUACCAGUAGUAUUGGUAAUACAAUCACUACUGCUAGCACUUAGCAUCUUGAACAUUGAUAAUAGGCUUUGACAAAUUCUAUAGAAUCUAUUUAUAUUUUGCCUUGACAAUGAUUUUUGAUAUCUUGCUAUAAGUGUGACAGAUACUGGAGACUGGCUUCCAUGAUGUGACAUCUGUUUUGCUGCUCUUGCAUAUGCAUGCAAGCUAUGUCUCCACAAUUUCGUAUGGUUGCAGCUCCUGCCAUUUACAUGCUUGAUGUUAGUUUUUCAUUAUCCUCAGUGCCCAGUAAUUUAACUCGUCCAAGACUUUCCGUGUACAGAAGUGGUAUGAGAAUAUUAAUGUACAGAAAAUUAUUGUUGAAUAGUUCCAAUAUUACAAUGCUGGUAAACAACAAAA